UUUAAAUUAUUUACUAUCUAUUUGCAAUGUUUCUAAGUAUUGCUGAUAGUAUAAUAAUAUUAAUAUAUAACGUAAAGAAUAAUUAUUUUAAUAAUAUAUUUCUUCGUUGAAAAUGAAUGAUUUCAAUUAUUAGUAAAGUAACAACAAUUAAAAAAAUUACUUCACUGUUUUGAAAGACGAACGCUUUUUCACUCAAACGGUCGCUUAAAUAAAUUGAAAAGUUGACCAGGACAGCUAAAAUAAAAAAAAAAUGAGUCACGACGUUUUAAAAACCAUUUCCAUUAAAAACGAAGUAGGCCCAAACAUUGAUUUUUUAUUAACGGAUAAAGAUAUAGUGAAAUCGGAGGACAAAAUUUCUAAUAUAAAUGAUAGGGUCCAUUUGAAUGCUGACGGUACAAAAGAAGCAGUUAAGGAUCGUAUUCCAAAAUACAAAUGCGGUAGCUGCUUGAAGUCAUAUAAAGUAUUUGGUAUGCUUAAAAAACAUUUAGCUGUGUGCUAUUUGAAUAGUAGUUAUCACUCUCGAAAAGCAGAAAUGAUAAAAAAUAUACAGAAAAUCGAAGAGGAUGCGGUUAAACUAGAGAAGGAGAAUAUAUGCUUUUGCUGCGGUGAAAGUUAUGAUACAUUUCAUAGAGGUCAUAUAUAUUGCUCUGAUUGCCCAAAUUCAUUUAAAACUCAAAUAAGUUACGAACGACAUGUUUUUAUAACGCAUUCGGAAGUUGAUAAAUUUCCUUGUUCCAAAUGUGAAGCAAAAUUGCGUACAGCUACGCUACUGAAGUUACACAAAAAGCAACACACAACUUCUGAAAGAUUGCAUAAACGUGCACAUACAAGAAAGGAACCUUUUAUUUGCGACUUUUGUGAGAAGAAAUGUUUUUCACCGGGUGAAUUGAAAAUACAUCGUCGUUGUCACACCGGUGAAAAACCCUACGCAUGCACUGAAUGCAACCAAACAUUUUCUACUAAGAGCUCACUUAAUCGACAUUUGAGACGGCAUACAGGUGAAAAGCCCUACACUUGUACUGAAUGUGAAAAAAGUUUUGCUAUUAAGCACGCACUCAAUCGUCAUAUGGAGCGUCAUAUUGGUGAUAAGUCACAGUAUGAACACAUAUUAAAAACUAAUAAGAAACAUAAAAAACAAAUCCAAAUUCAUUCAUCUAAAAGCAAGAGUAAAAAUGAAAAUCAGGAGGACAAACUGAAAUGCAAAGAUUGCAAAGCGAUAUAUACGACAGAGGAAGAACUUAAGAUUCAUUAUGAAACUGGAACUCAUAUACCUGAAUAUAACAAAAGCAGCCCUAAAGAUGUGAAAGAAAGAAAAAAAAACUGCACGCUAUGUAGCAUAGAAUUUAAUUCAGUUAAAGAUUCGAUCUUUCACUUCCUGAAGAUACACAGAGAGCAUCCACAGACUUUCCUCAGUGCUAAAUGUGCCCAAAACUUAGAACCAAAUAAUGUCGCUACGUCAUCAGAAAAGCAUUACAGAAGUGAUAAUUCCAACGAAAACCCUAUUGAAAAUGUUACUCCAACUGAUAACAAUGUCUUGCCAUCACUUAAAUAUGAAGAACUUUCGUCAAUGGUAAAUGGAGUUAUUAAACAAGAAUGUAUAGUAGAUGAAAGAACUGAACCAACCACAGAAAAAUUAUUAUUCAAUAACGAAAAUAAAAGUGAAAGGAUACAGCCAACACAUAUGAGUAAUAAUGAACAAAUAUACAUCAAUGAUGAAGUUAUUAUGCAACAAUUUAUAAAACAAGAAGAUCCCGAUGCACCUGCAGAGAAUUUACUAUUAGAAAGCGAAAUGUAUAGUAUUAUAACAAUAGAAAAUGAGACUAUUAAAAAUGAACCAGAAUCUGCUGUUACUGAAACUCCAGACGGUACAAUUAUAAAUGAUCGAAUACCUCUCGAUUAUGGCGGUGUUUCACAAAAAGUAAUAGAAAAUAGUGAAACUGAAACAGUUACUGAGCAAUUAAUUAUGGAAAACGAAUCAACUGUGUUCAAUGUUCAUAAAAGUAAAAACAGAAAUGAGCAAUAUAUUAAUUGCGACUCUUUUAAAAAGAAAUUGCUGAAAUUGGGUGUACAGAAUAACCUCAAUCGUUCUUACAACAGUGAAAAACCAUACUCCUGUGCUAAAUGCAAUAAAAGUUACUCUCUCAAAAGGUCACUGAAUUAUCAUAUAAGGUAUCAUUGUGGUAAAAAACUUAAUACGUGCACUGAAUGUAACAAAAUUUUUGCUUCUAAGAAAGGACUCAAUAUUCAUAUGAGACAACAUACUGGCGAAAGACCUUACAAAUGCACUGAGUGUAAUAAAGGUUUUACUGUUAAGAGCUCACUUAUUCUUCAUAUGAACCAGCAUACUGGUGAAAAACCAUGCAUAUGCACUGAAUGUAAUCAACAUUUUUCUACAAUGAGCUCACUCAGAAUUCAUAUGAGGCGACAUACCGGUGAAAAACCCUACAAAUGCACUGAAUGUAAUCAAAGUUUUUCUAUUAUGAGUACACUCAGGAUUCAUAUGAGGCGACAUACUGGUGAAAAACCCUACAAAUGCACUGAAUGUAAUCGACAUUUUUCUAUAAUGAGCUCACUCAAAAGUCAUAUGAGGCGACAUACUGGUGAAAAGCCCUAUUCAUGCACUGAAUGUAAUCAAAGUUUUCCAAUUAAGAGUUCACUCAAUGUUCAUAUGAUGCGACAUAAAGGCCAAGAACCAUUCCCAUGCACAGAAUGUAACAAAAGUUUUGCUGUUAAGCAAGGACUCAAGCUUCAUAUGAGACAUCAUACUGGCGAAAAACCCUACAAAUGCACUCAAUGUUAUAAAAGUUUUUCUAUGAAGUGUUCACUCAAUAUUCAUAUGAGGCAUCAUACUGGCGAAAAGCCCUACUCUUGCACUCAAUGUAAUCAAAGUUUUUCUACAAUGAGCUCACUUAAAUGUCAUAUGAGGCGACAUACCGGUGAAAAGCCCUACUCGUGCACUGAAUGUAAUAUAAGUUUCUCUUACACGACCACAUUCUAUCGCCAUAUGAAGCAACACACUGGUCAAAAACUCUACCCAUGCACUAAAUGUAAUAAAGCUUAUUCUAAGGACAAACUUAAGAUUCAUAUAAUGCAGCAUAGAGGAGAAAAACCAUUCACAUGCACUGAAUGUAAUAAAAGUUUCGCUUUCAUGAGCUUACUCGAUAAUCAUAUGAAGUGUCAUAGUAAACACAAGCCCUACUCAUGCACUGAAUGUAAUAAAAGUUUUACUGCUAAGCAAGGACUCAAGGUUCAUAUGCAGCGACAUACAGGUGAAAAGCCAUUUUCAUGCACUGAAUGUAAUAAAAGUUUUGCGUCUAAGCAGAGACUAAAGAUUCAUAUGCAGCGACAUGCAGACCAGAAGCCACACGUUUGCAAUGAAUGUGGGAAGUGUUUUCUACAGGAAAUUGAGCUACGUUAUCACAGAAAAACUCAUUUACACCCAUUUGCCUGUGAUCAGUGUGAAGAAAAAUUUAAAACCAAUAAGAAACUUGAACAACAUAUUGAAACUCAUUCAUCUGAAAACAAACAGAAAAAUGAACCUCAGGGACAUAAAUUCAAGUGCAAAGAUUGCGAAGCGAUAUAUUCGACAGAGGAUGAGUUGAAAAUUCAUCAUAACACGGGAAUUCAUUUAGAUUUGGAAAAACGUCGUAGAGACGAAGCGAGUUUUGACAAGAAAUUUAAGCCAUGUUCCGAUAAAAAUCAAAUGAAAAAUAUUACAAGACCUAAAAGAAAAAUUAAAUUACCCGUAAAAUAUCGUGAAGAAAAUUCUUCUAUUGUCCAAGAAUUUAUAAAGGAUGAAGUAUGUGAAAUAAGCACAGAGCAAAUAUUAUUAGAAAACGAAGAAUACAAUUCUAUGACACUAGAAAAUCAGAGUAUAAAAACCGAGCCGGACACCACUGUUCCCGAUACUCCAGCUAGUUCAUUCAAAAGUGGCGUUGCAGAAUUAGAAUAUAUAAAAUCAGAAACUAAUGAAGCAAAUACAUAGAACUUAUUAUUAGAAAAUGGAAAAAA